AUGGAGCGCGAGCGUGAUGCGGCGGAGCAGGCGACGGCGCAGAUCCCUCGACCGAUUCGACUUAGGACGUUUGUCCGCCGCGAGCACGACUUAGCUCACCAACGCCUGUUCGCAGACUAUUUUGCCGAGCAACCACGGUGGGGCCCGACGGUUUUUCACCACCGUUUUAGAAUGCGGCGAGUUCUUUUUAUCAGCAUUGUCCAGACGUUGGAGGCACGUGAUGAGUACUUCCAGUAUUGGGUAGAUGGCAUCGACAGACCCGGACUUACGCCGUUGCAGAAGUGCACGGUUGCGAUCCGGCAGUUGGCCUACGGCACCACGGCAGAUAUGUUCGACGAGUACCUUCACGUCGGGGAGACAACUGGCCGCGAUUGCCUGAAGAAUUUUUGUAGGGGAAUUGUGGAGGCUUAUAGCGACACAUAUUUGCGAAGACCGACUGCUAGAAUUGCCAGGCCUUGA